CUUUUCAACCUGCUAUAUUCAAACACACCAUAUAUAUAAUAAAAAUGAAAACAGUCCUCCUCCUUGGAGUAGUCGUACUGUUUACAGCCGAUAUCCUCCUCCCACGACCGGUUGCAUCACAGAAGUGUGGUUGUGCUCCGGACAUGUGUUGUAGCAAGUACGGUUAUUGUGGAACUGAUGACGCUUAUUGUGGGAAAGGUUGUCAAGCCGGUCCGUGUUCUCUUCCAGCUCCUAUAAAUAAUGCCUAUGUCCCUGGUAUAGUGACUAGAGCCUUUUUUAACCGGAUUUUAGUCAAGUCAGCAAGUAACUGUCCCGGGAGAGGUUUUUACACCAGAGACAUUUUUCUUAAAGUCAUCAAAGACUACCCACAGUUUGGUAGAUCCGGUUCGUUUGCUGACUCAAAGCGUGAAAUCGCUGCUUUCUUUGCUCAUGUUACUCAUGAGACUGGACACUUUUGUUAUAUAGAAGAGAUAGAUGGUCCUUCAAAUGAUUAUUGCGAUAAGUCGAACACCCAAUAUCCAUGCAACCCAAAGAAAGGUUACUAUGGGAGAGGCCCGAUUCAACUCUCAUGGAACUACAACUACGGUGCAGCUGGAGAGAGCCUUGGGUUUGACGGGCUCAACAACCCUGAGAUCGUGGCAACAGACCCGGUGGUUUCUUUCAAAACUGCACUGUGGUAUUGGAUGGAGAAUGUUCAUUGGGAUUUUGCUUCUGGUAAAGGAUUUGGAGCCAGCAUUCGAGCCAUCAAUGGGAUGGAAUGUGACGGUGGGAACCCAGCCACCGUGAGCUCUCGUGUCAAGUAUUACACCGAAUAUUGCAGGCAAUUGUGUGUCCCAACAGGCGAUAAUCUUAGGUGCUAAUCUUUGGUUAUACUAUAUAUUCAUCAGAGAACAUGAAAACCAGAGUUACAUUAUGUUCUAUGAAAUUAAAAACUAUCUGUAAUUCAGUAAAAACUUAAAGUAGACUGGUAAUUAAAAUGAUACCCUAAAACAAUACACUCCAAUGAGUAUUAAUCAAGAACAUUAGGUUACAUUCCAAAUUACAAAAUAAAAUAAAAUGUACCAACAAGAACAAGAAUUGCCAUUUUUUGACGUUGUUACA